AUGCUCGACACGUUUCCGAAGCCCACACGCAACAUCGCUGAUCUUGCACGCGAAGAGAAAUCAUUUACCUUCGCACAUUUCACCUGCGAACAUGCAUGGGUUAUCGGCAAUAUUCUACGCAACACGCUGCGAUCGGCCGAUACUCCGGCUCUCAUACACAUUUCCUUCGCAAGCCAGACGCUAUUCCACUCGCCGAGCCUGCCAGGCAUGAUGCCUGACCACGAGACCUGGGUGCAGCGGAAGCGCAACACGGUGCUGCGCUGGGGACACUCGACGUGGUAUAUGAGCUGCCAGUUCGAUGAGGAUUACAAACGCUUUGCUGAGCAUCAUGCUAUGAGUGGUGAUGAGUGGGCGAAGUACACGAUUGAAGGAGGUGGAUAUCCAGUCUUUGUGAAGGGCGUGGAAGGCUGCGUUGGCGCUAUUGUCAUUGUGGGGCUGCAGGGUGAACAGGCGCACAGCGUCAUUGUGAAAGCGGUGGAGGAGUACAAGGUGCUGAGAGAGGGAUCAAAGAGCCCUAUGCGCAGUCUGACUGUUAAGUGA